AUGUUAAGUGACCUUUGUACCUUUGUACAUACAGUGAAACGACGGAGGAGGGGGGAAAGUGCUGGUGCAUCUCCGCCGGCGUGGACUUCGCACACCGCUGCCAGGAAUAUUCCUCUCCAACGUGCGUUCACUGGGAAACAAGCUGGACGAACUCCAGCUACUAGUUGGACUUCAAAGCAGUGGACCAGUGAAGCUGUGGAGGAUCUUCAGGCGUGCUUGGACUGCACAGACUGGGAGGUGUUCAGGACUGCUUCAGACAGCUUGGACGAGUCCACGGAGGCUGUGACUUCUUAUAUCAGCUUCUGUGAGGACAGCUGUGUUCCAUCACGCACCAGGGUGAGUUACAACAAUGACAAACCCUGGUUCACAGUGAAACUCAAGAAGUUGAGACUGGAGAAGGAAGAGGCGUUCAGGAGUGGGAAUAGAGACGGAUAUGUAGAGGCGAAAUACCGGUUUAGGAAGGAGGUGAGGGAUGCUAAACGUGAGUAUUCGAAGAAACUUGAACACCAGUUAUCAGCCAACGACUCUGCCUCUGUAUGGAAAGGGCUUAGGCUGAUCACCAAUUGUAAGCCUAGAACCUCCCACUCCACUAACGACUCACGCCUGGCCAACAGCUUGAAUGAGUUCUACUGUCGCUUUGAUGGACAAUGGAGCAGUCCUGACACCUUCCCCCGUGACACCUCCCUCCAGCCCCAGCCCAUCAACUGCCCACCCCCCUCCACAGUGACGACUCUCCAUCCUUGAGAGAGACGUCAACAGACUUUUUGAGACAGAACCCCCGCAAAGCAGCCGGGCCAGACUCUGUCUCUCCAUCAAUCCUGAAGCACUGUGCUGAUCAGCUGUCUCCGGUGUUCAGACAUUUUUAACACCUCACUGGAGACAUGCCACGUACCAGCCUGCUUCAAGUCCUCCACCAUCAUCCCCGUCCCCAAAAAAACAAGUCACUGGACUCAACGACUACAGACCCGUCGCCCUGACCUCUGUGGUUAUGAAGGCAUUUGAGCGUCUGGUGCUGGUUCACCUCAAAGCCAUCACUGACCCUCUCCUGGACCCCCUGCAGUUUGCCUCCAGAGCCAACAGGUGUGUAGGUGACACAGUCAACAUGGCCCUACACUUCAUCCUCCAGCACCUGGACUCCUCAGGAACCGACGCCAGGAUCCUGUUUGUUGACUUCAGCUCUGCCUUCAACACUCAUUCCGGCUCUGCUUCAGGACAAGCUCUCCCAACUGAGCGUGCCUGACUCCACCUGCAGGUGGAUCACCGACUUCCUGUCUGACAGGAGGCAACGCGUGAGGCUGGGGAAGCACGUCUCUGACUCCAGGACUAGAAGCACCGGUUCCCCUCAGGGCUGCGUUCUUUCCCUCUCUACUCUUCUCCCUGUAUACCAACAGCUGCACCUCCAGUCACCAGUCCGUCAAGCUCCUGAAGUUCGCGGACGACACCACCCUCAUUGGGCUCAUCUCUGGGGGGGAUGAGUCCGCUUACAGGUGGGAGAUUGAUCAUCUGGUGACCUGGUGCGGGCAGAACAACCUGGAGCUAAAUGCUCUGAAGACAGUGGAGAUGGUCGUAGACUUCAGAAGGAACCCAGCCCCACCCACCCCCAUCACCCUGAGGGACUCCCCAGUCGACACUGCAGAGUCCUUCCGCUUCCUGGGCACCAUCAUCUCCCAGGACCUCAAGUGGGAGCUCCCUCACCAAAAGAGCUCAACAGAGGAUGUAUUU